AUGUUGUACAAUCAAAAAUUUAACCUGGAUCAAUUUUCAUUCGCUUCAGAAGGUAUUAAAGAUGCUCAGCAAACAGUAUGUGCCACAAUUAUCAAGCAUUUGCUACAAACGGGAUCAAACAAAGAGCUGAAAGGAAUGAUGAAAACUGUGAAGAUACAAGACAUUGAUAAUUUGCAAGAUGAAAUGAUGGACAUGAUGGAUAUAAGCAGUGAGAUACAAGACUCUCUUGGUAGAAGUUUAGUGUGCCAGAUGAUAUUGAUGAAGAUGAUCUCAUGGGUGAACUUGAUGCUUUGGAGGCAGACAUGGGUCAAGAAACUGAAGCUCCAAGUGGACAUGCAGUGCCAGUGA